AUGACGCUUAUUUUGGAAUUUUUUGAAAAAGCCCCUCUCGUUUUGUUCUGUUGUUUAGCCCCGAAGAGGAAGAAUCAAAUUGAGAUGAUCGUGCGAAGACUGCAUCCUGCGAGUAUCUGCGCUGCUGUUCAAAUAACUUCAACUCGCCUCGUCUCCUCGAAAUACCCUAGACCAAAACCUAGACCGUACAGACGGCGCCUAUACGAGGCUGCUGUUGCUCCUGUGCUCCCAGACAAGCUGAAAGUAUGCACCCGGGAUCUGGUAGCAAAGCGUGAGAAAGUUGAGUAUGAUCCUGUCGAGUUAGCUUUGUCCACUAUUGUCAAGAAAUGGAUGAUUUCUGAAGAAUAUCGUGUCAUGGCUAUAUGUCAAUUCCUUCCCGUUAGUGGUCGAACGCUCUGGCUGUCAAAAAAUCAGUUGCGAUUGAAGGGAGUGGAGUUCCGUACGUAUGGCAAUAAGAUUAUGAAAAAAGUGUUCGAAGGCACUCCAUUGUCUGCACUUGAGCCGGUCCUAGUUGGGUUUAAUGCUACUCUAUAUGGCAAAGACAUAAAUGCUUUGAAGGUUAUGCAGUCCGAAACGCUCAAAUUGAAUUGGAUCGUACCCUUAGUCUAUGUAGUGGACUCCCGGAUUUUGGCGAAAGAGGACGUUGAUAAAUUCUGCGCUGUGGGAUCAUUAGAAGAUCAUCGUGCUGAGACUGUACAAAUAUUGUCCUCACAACUCCGACAACUUACCACAUCAUUGGAUUCACAAUCUCAUCAGCUUACCGCCACGCUUGACCAAGUCGCUUCUCGUCCGAAAUCAUAAUCAAAUGUACAAAGUAUCUGAUAGAAAUAGUUUACUUGUUAUGUUUGUUAGGAAAAUGUUUACUUCUAAUAAAAAAUCUUUGUAACUCUGGUG